CCGACAACGUGGGAGCUCAACACCGAACCUUCCCAAGCCCAGACGCCAUUUACGGAAAUACAGGUAGGCCUCUUUUUCUCUUCCACGCCGGUCAAGCAGCCGAACAAAGAUGGCAGAGCCCGAACCCACCGCAGAAGUGAACAGAGUGGCCCUCAAACUACCUCCGUUUUGGGACAAGACUCCAGAGUUGUGGUUCGCUAAUAUAGAGGCCCAGUUUGCCAUUUCGGGCAUCACAAAGGACAGUACCAAGUACUACUCUGUCGUGUCUGCUCUCAACUCCGAUGUUUUGAACUACGUAAGCGACAUCGUCCUCAACCCACCGGCCGAAAACCGUUAUAAUACGCUUAAGGCCAGACUGCUCGCCGAUUUCUCAGACUCGGAACAAAGGAGAAUCAAAGCGCUACUCUCGGAUAUCGCGUUGGGAGACGAAAAGCCAUCACAUGUAUUAAGAAAAAUGAGGCAGUUAGCCAACAAUAAAUUAGGGGAAGACUUUCUAAAAACCUUAUGGCUACAACGACUGCCGCAACAGACCCAGGCGAUCCUGGCAGCCUCCGACGACGGGUUAGAAAACUUGGCCAUCAUGGCCGACAAAAUAGGAGAGGUAACGCACGCGAACGUCGACGAAGUCCAAAAAGGCCCCGAUAAUACACAAGCCCAGUUAAGCGAGCUCCAGGCACAAAUAGAAUCCCUUAGUCAGAGAAUCGAACGAUUAAUCGUUGAAUAUUCUCUUGCAGUUAGUUAG